UUUUCUCUCUGAAAUCACCAUGCAUCGGAAUACUUAUGAAAGGAAAUACUUCCAGGAAAUAAAUGCAGAACUCGAUACAUUCAAUCUAAUAGUUUUGUACCAGUAUAAACCGGAAGGAAACCAAAUAAUAGAUUAUUUUUUGUUAAAUGGGAAAAUAAUCUAUUAUUCAGUUUGACACCCUCUCUAUCACAGACCCCCGCAGCGUCGCAUCCGCCAAAGCUACCGCUGUCUCGGCCACCGUUAUAGAGUUUGAAUGGGGCAAAAUAGUCUACCCUUCUGACGGUCUGAAGGCGUUUCUACUGCGAGGCGUCAAUGGUAGUGGUGAGGCAAGCGUGGAGAUUGACCCAAAGGAAAGAAAGGGUCGCCUGACGAAUCUGAAGCCCUUUACGAACUACUCCACCUCCGUCAUCUCUCUGUACUCCGACUCCAACGCAACCAGAAAUGCGGGUGUCGUGCUCACGUGGUCUGCAGGUAUUGACUUACACCCAAUCUUUCAUACAUCGCUCCUAUUUCUUGCCAUGGAAAGAAAACAAAUGUGAUCAACUGUUUGUUUUGCCAACUGAUGUGACUUCGGCAACACUGCCGAAUCGAUUAGGAGAGAAAUAGUAAAGAUGCGGGCUUUGAAAUUGGCUGCCUCACCUGAAAGAAUUGGCUGGUUGGCUUAUCUGAGAUUCUUGACAUGUGAGUGCAUAAUACGCCUAAGCAUAUUUACGUCAGAAAACAGUUAUACCUAAACUGGACUAAACAGCUAGAACGAUUCAUCAAAAGACCGACACGAGUAUCCACAUUCUAUUUCCCGGUAACGAUAGCUAAAUGAAUAAUACGCCCAAUCACCAUAUACUGUGGUCAGUUUAGCUGACUUUAGUGUCCUUUUAUUGAACGUUUGACUGAAAGUCGACGGCGAGACCAUUUCUGCUUUUUCAAUCUGCAGUGAAGAAAUGGUGCAUUUUGACAAAAGUAGGCCCUUAAUGCUCGUUCCAAUGUUUCUAACCAUCGUUGAAGAUAUAAUUCCCAUUUAUUUGUACUCAAGAUUUAUGCACUCUUUACCCCUAAAACAGCCCCCUCCUCACCAAAUCUCACAUCCGCCCUCGCUUCUGGAUCCCAAACGAUUGCACUCUCUUGGACUGCACCAGAGAUCAGUAAUGGCAUUUUGGAAGGUUACAGUGCGGAAUGCUAUCGACCAGGCGACUCCUAUCCCGAAGGUAGCCAACGUGUAAGUGCUAACACGCUCUCCGUUGAAAUUACCGGUCUUCGCGCAAACACCUUAUUCGAGUGUGCUGUGAUCGCCUCUACGAAGGAAAUUAGAUGGGGCCAGGGAGGUGGAAAGUCCGCCUCGGCAAGAUCAUCUCUCCUCAGGACUUGGCCAGGAAGUAAGCAUCCUUGCAGUGUGCUCAUUACCUGCCAUAACGAAUUUUGUAAAUAUGUUAUUCGUCGACAACCUAUUAAUGCCGCGAAUGGACGGUAUCUCCUCAGUUAAAUGCCGUUACAUCAACUAGAAUUUACAAGGUUCGACUGUAUUGCCCAUGUGACUGGGCAGCAAACGCAGUGACCCUUUCACUAUGCGAUACGGAUACAGGCGUUUUCAGAUUUGGUGCCGUGGAAUUUCUAGAUAAAGAUAGUAAAUCGAUUGCACACGACGUUAAAGUCCCCAUAAGUUUCUCUUUUUCGGACUUAAGUGGCGACUUCCUACCCUCCACGCAGCACUAUGAUUAAGUUUUAACCCAGCAGAUGCUUCUACAUGGUGACUUAAGAUAUUUCUGUUAAGGGGUAUCAUACCGUAAGCUCAUAAGCCAACGCUCAGUUACCUGGUUGACAACGAAUAUGACAGAGUGCGUAUGGCUAACAAAGAUAAUAUUUCAUGUGAAUGUUCAAGAUAAAAAUUUCAUGUGGACCCACAGCACUGACACAUAUGAACCUCUUUAAAAUGGUAGUGGGCAGCGUCGAUUUUCAUGGACUCCGAAAGGAGUCAAGGAAUAUCCUGUUGUCAGCCGUUUAACGUGCAAUCAUAUGCAGUCCGUGAUAUGGAAAUAAGCAUUAACUCGAUUGCUUUGAGGAAAUGUUUUCGAUACACUAAUCUUACUGCUCCUAGUCACUGAACAGCCGAUCAUCAAAAACGCUACUGCAGUCGGACCAGACUCUGUGUUUCUGGAGUGGUGGAAAGUAAACAACGUUUACGGAAUUCUCGGACACUACCGCGUCAAUUGCGGUCAGGAAGGUCAAAAGGACAAUGUGAAAUCGGUCCAAGUAUCAAAUGACACACUCAGCGCAAAACUCUCUGGGUUGAUUCCAAACACAAGGUACAGAUGCACCGUGGAGGUCUUUGUUCUGCCAAUUGAGCAGAAUCUGGGUGGUGGAUACAGUCAGCCGUCCUUCGAACGAUCUCCGAAGACAUGGCCCGAUGGUAUGUUGCACGCAACUGCGUAUACAGUCAUGCUACAGUUGUUUCACUAAGUAAUGCCUGUUUUGCACCUUUCUACAUAUAAGUUCCCACAGAACCGACCGAGAUAGCCGUGACUGCCGUCAGCUCGACUGCCGUGAAGAUCGACUGGAAAGCCCCUCUCACUCCAAAUGGAGAUAUAAGCAAGUAUCGGGUAGUGGUUUAUGAGGGCUCGCAAAAUCUUUCCUACGAAACCGGGCCUGGCGCCCUCAGUUAUGUUCUUGACGGACUUCAGCCCUACACAACUACCGCCUUGGCAGUUCAGGCGUACACGAAUCCGAACAGCGACGGCUUGGGCGGUGGGUUCGGAAAGAUCAGCCCGGUGGUGUCAGUAACUACAAAGGAAGCUGGUGAGAUGAUUUGGUUCCGACGUUUUGCCAAAGUAUGGCCUGGAUUUAUCCACAUUAGAUAGAAGCCAAGAUUAGCAUUGCCUAGUUGCUGAUUUAUGAAGUACUUACUAUUCGUAUAGUAUCAUAAGAGAGGGGACAAAAGAUGGCCGGCACAAGAAAACAUUGCUAUAUCGUUUCGAAUAUACGCCUUAACUCACAUUUAUAUACGUCAACUGAUGAAGACGGUAUUUCUUAAACACUAAUCUAACGCAUUACUCAAAGAGACUAUCUGCGUCGUCUGGAUUCGAAGCAAAAUUGUUCGUUUAGUCUAUGUGCCACCUUAAAAACAAUUUCGUGUGCAAACAGAAGUGCAGAUAAUUUCACAUUUAUAUGGUCCCGUUAUUUCUAUGCCAUACUGUGCACCAUUAGGAUGAAUGUGCGGAGACCUUGUACGGGUACAAUUCAAGGGAGCCAAGAGAAGACGGCUGGCUAGGGACGAUGACAUGUACCAGGCAAAUGUGAUGUGUUUGGGUCGUCCUAUGAUAGAGAAUGGAAAUUUAUUGAGUUAAAGUGACUUUAUUGUCCUUUUCACUGAAAAUCUCCCCACUAUAAUAAACAAGGGUUUUGUAAAACUUUAUAGUUUAAAGUGCUACAUCUCAAAUAUGCCGCAAGAUUUUUGUAUUCUAUUCAAAUGUUAAUGUAUCGAUUGUGAUUUAGUUUAAGAGCAAAAUUUAGAUCACGUUAUUUUAGCUACGACAUUCGAUCCCAAAAUCGGCACUAUGUAAAGAUUAAGGGUAAACAGUAUUCUCGUUUGGGUGAUGCGGUUGAACUGGUUUUUCGGGCACUUCCCUACUCUUAAUGCAAAAGAACUAAUAAGUUUAAAUUCUGGCGCCUUUUUGAUGUACGAAAAAUCUAAUUUUUAGUCGAAACGAAACCGACGUUGGUCCAGAAAUCAGUAUGUGCCUGCGUCGGACAUUCUUUUAUUUUUCCAGGUAACUGUCAGACAGAUUGUCUUAAACAUGGCUCUGAAAGCUACCAGAUAACUCCGGUCGACAUCUUCGUUAUAUCAAGCCUUCCGUCACCCAAACAAACAUAUCUUCAACCUUCCAUGUUUAUUUAUCUGUCCUGCAGCCCCAGGUGCCGUUCAGCUACUCAGCUGCAUUCACACGCCACCUGGAUCGCCCAGACUUGCCUGCUCCUGGAGCUCUCCCCUCGUGUAUAACGGGAUUAUCAGAAAAUAUGCCGUUCAAUUGAUGGACAUGACUUCGCACCGUGUAGUCAGCGACAAGAUGAUUGAGGACACCUACGUCACCUUCAAGGAGGCAUUCGACUUCACUCACGUUUACCAGGUCUCCGUCGCUGCAGUUACAGUUCUUGAGGGCGAGAAAACUAAUGUCACAGUUCAACUUCGGACCUCAAGUAAGCCAGUGUGUGCCAAAUCUCAAGGCUUAAUCCUCAAUGCACUGUUUCAAAUAAUGGAACUUUUCUUAGGGGUUUGAGGGCAUGUAUACUGCUAUCGAAGUUUAACUUUCCGUUGUGAAAGGAAGAAGGCGGAGGCAGGAGCUUUAAUAAGAGUUUUAGAUUGGACCGGAUAUUUGAUUUUUGAAUGCAUUAAAGCAAGAAGCUUAUGCAAAUGCGAUAUUGCCCUCAUCUUCUUUCCAAUAGGGUUUAUAAUACCACAAUUUCUUUUUGCUUACGACCUUGCGUAAUAGUUCGGGGGCGGUGAUACGCUUAUUCACGUCCAACUACGCCUAAAUAAUGAUAAAUGAAUUCAGGACAAUAAAAAGGAAUUUAAAAGGCAAUUAAAUGAAUUUGAGCUUAUUGAAAUUAAGGCAAUCUAAAUAAAGUCUUCUAGAAUCGGAAAUCACCUCGAGGCCGUAGUAACUUUAACCAUGCAUGAGGAUCGGCCGGAUCAAAUGCAACUUACCCCAGUACACGAUGUUUCAAGACACACCGGCUUUCCUUGUUAUGUUGUUUUAGAGUAUCCGUACAGACAUUCCCGGAAGGCAUAAGUGACCGCAAAUGGCCGUUUUGUAGCUGGAAGGUCCAAAUAAAUGUAACUGUACUGUACGAUAUUUUGUCAUCUGUGAACAGGCAUCAUGGCCUACUACUUAAAAGGUCUGCUGCAGCAUGUUAGAAUACUCUCUAUUUUUCAGAUCACAGAAGGCGCCAUCUAAGAUCUAAUUUCAUUUACUCCACCCCGAAUUGAAGUCGCACUGGUCAAAAAUGAGGAGCUCAAGUUUGAACAAAUUCGCUGAAAUCCGCCGUUUAUUUUCUCGAAUCGCGAAACGUCGGCUCAAGUUUCUGUUGUCUAAACAGUCUGAUAAAUAAUUAUUUACGAGUGUCUUGAGAGCGAAAGAUUUUAACAUAGCUCAAAAAGCUGUAAAUGGCAUUAGUUUAUUAAUAAGUUGAGUAUAAUUUAUUCCGUUUCGCAUGGAGCUGGACUGAUCCAAAAUACGAGGAACCAUCCAAUUUGCCGACCUUAAUUCUGAAAUAAUCCAUCAUAAUUUACAUUCGGCGACUUGAGUAGGGAUUCAGGGUGUGCCUUUCCUUUAACGUACAAAGUUGAUACAAUCCUCUAAAUACUAGGGCAUUAUUAGACGAUGAUAAGAUGCAUGUGCUAUGUUUAUUUCUGACGCAUUAUAGCUUUCGUUCAUUCUAAGGGAUAGUGCAGCCAGCCUGAAGAAAGCCACGAGUAUAUCUGGGAUUUUCCAACAAGCCUUUUGCGUUUUGUUCGAUUAUGGCCUUGCGGCAACGUUCACCGAUCAGUUUGCAGGACAAUCUCACCCCGUUGAACCUUGGGGUUUGACUCACAGAUCUUCUAGGUACGUUCAUCGCGAUCGCUAUCAUGUCAGGUAAAAGAGCUGGAUAGCCAAUUCCGGCUUACUGGAUAAGGUCACUGAGCCAUGUUUGUAUGGCCCAAGAUUCGAACCCGGAUUCUUAACAGAUUGAAGGUUUUCAUGUCCAGCAUUCUAGUAAUGAGUCACGAAUCCUUUGUGUUGUCGGUUGCAACCGAGAAUAUUAGAUAGGGAUAUGACAGUCAGUUGUACAUACUUGCAACACUCCAGAUGCCUCGGUCGAUGCAUGAGGAAAGUAAGAGUGGUCUGGCUAUUACGUGUAUCCUUAUUUGGUUUUUGUGCGAAUUCCGACAUCUGAACUUCAACUUAAUGUAAAAAUAGUAGUUUAUUAAAUGCACGACUUAAAAUUAAGCACCCAGGUAAUGAGGUUUUAUUGUUCGACGCGAGGUAUAAAAGUAUUAAUAUAUUUUAAGCUAGGUGUGAAAGAAGGGCGGCUUGUCUGGGAACCGAAGCCGUAGGAUUUGCGUCACCAAGUUUUGAUUGGUAACUUAGGGGCACAACGGAACGAGUGAGUUCCGUAUGAACGAUAGGUGAGCGCCCCCUAACACUGUAUAUUCCCGAUCGAAAACCGACAAGGCAACGAGCUCGUGGCCCGGUGAGUAGAGGCGUUGACUUCUAAACCAACAGGUCGCGAGUUCGAGGCUCGGGUGUUCCACACUUCGGGCUUGGGUAUGGCUGGCUGACGACGGCUAAUAAGCCAGAAAUGGCUAUUCCAGUCUCCCUUGUCUUUGUCGGUAAUACCAUUCUGCCUAGGUCAUGUCGUGACUGCUUGACUUCGAAAACCCCCACUGAUAUUUAAGAUUAUGGACUUCUUACACAUAGUGCAGGUUACGGGCCGUACUCAUUCUUUUGUGUCUUAAAGCUUGACAACGAUAUGUUUAAGGACACCACUUGAGUGUCAGUAAAGUGUGUAUCUUGCCGUAUGUGGUUUUGAUCGUAGUAUUCAUUUGCGAGCCGCAGCCCAAAUUGUACCGCCGGCAACAAAUACUACCAGUGGCCUCAAAUAAUUGCUUCAACUCUGUUAUUUUCUAGAAUUUGUCUAGUUUUUAAAACACCGCGCUCGUUUUCGUUGCUGCGCGAAACCGUAGGGCAGGACUUUCGCCAGAAAUCCAGACAAUUUCUGUAUUUUCUUGUAAUUCUUCAUUUUACUGUCUGGCGUGCUGCCCCACCCAGAAAACCCCGUCGUCACCAUCCCCGUACGACGGGAGUCAAGAUCUACUAACAUUUAUUCGGGAUCUUUUACCCUACCGCUGCUAACCCAAUCCAGAAACCUACCAGGAAGUUGAAUAGCAAGUAGUAGAAUGUGCAAUUAUGUGCUACCGACAAAGACAAGGAAGCUAACUAUUAUCAUUUCUGAUUUAUCAGCCCUGCCAUGGAAAACCUGAGACUCGAACUUAGGAUCUUCAACCUACGGAGGACAAAUGAUUCGUCGGUCUGCCAGUGAGCCACGGUUCCGUUGCGCUGUUGUUUGUAAUAGGGUAGACUACCUAAUAAAAAUGGAAGCCCACCGGUCAGCUUAUGGCAAGUUUCACCAAAUUCAACCUUGAAAUACGGGCGGAGUCGUUGCAUGGGAUCUGGAAAAUAAGCAUCCAGGGAUGUCUUACACAGAAGCAUAGAGAACCGCAAAUGACAUCGUCCAUUCGCAAGUAUCGUCGGCUCUUCGGAAUCGCAUUCACUCCCUCAAAUAGUAAAAUUAGACACCGCCUUUGUUGUUGAAAUCGGCUAAAAUGUUUUGGAUUUUUGACUUCUUAGUACGUAAUGAAGUUCAGAUAGCUUAGUAGAGAGAAACUUCGCAAUAAACAGUUAUUUGUUAAACAUGAUGGCUACUUAUGGGUUACUUACUUACCGAAUGUUUUAAUAAUAGGCGGAACUGUAUUAAGCGGGCUUAGGUGAACUUGGUGAGUCGCGCUGCGCUUGUAUGCGUAAGAAACGAUACUGGGUUUUUUGGAAAGGCGCUUAGUAAUCGAGUAACCGGGUCUGCUCCUCCUUUCUAUCUUGAGACUUGAUCAGGCAGCCGCAGAGCAGCAAGUCAUAUAUGUGGCAGGAGACGGAUGUAGCCCAUAACCCGGUCGGUGGGCGUUUUUACAGCAACUUCAUAUCCUCGUUUGCAACUGACAAGAUAACAGGGCAUGUGGCUCAAUGAAACAGUGUCCAACUCAAUGACCAAAUGUCUCGGGUUCGAAUCCCAGGUGCUAAAACUUCGGGUUGGUCAUGGCUGGGUGACGACGGUCAAUAAGCUGGAAACUGUCAUUUCAGUCUCCCUUGUCUUUCUUGGCAGUCUAUUUUCUGCAGGUUCUGAUUUUAUUGGUUUUGCCACCAUCAUGACAAAAUCUCGAGCCCAAAGUCCAGCACACAUAAUAUGGUUGUAUAAAUGGAGUUGGGCCUUUAGCAUAAAUCGUAUGCUUUGGGUCCAAUCGGAACUGACGUUUGCAAAGGUAUGGUCAAUGCAGAAAACAUAUUCGUCAUUAUUCACAUUCUAAAAUAUAAACUAACCGGCUAUCUACCUUUGUCUUUAUUUAGAUUCAAUUAAAUCCCUAGCUGGCCUCGGCGCCACUGAGGAAACUAUAGUAGGAGCAAAGGCCACCGAUCCAAAUUACGUAAUUGACGAGGAGGGUCCCGCCGGAUCACACGGAAAUAUCACAGAGACAAACCUCUCUGGUCCCCAUGACAAUUUAAGUGGAAUCGGUACUGCAGUCCCAUUCGAAUCAACUGAAGAAGGUAUGACCGUUGUUAGGCAGCUGCCCUGCAACCCACAAUACAUGGAUCAAGCACAGUAGAUUAGGCUCUGAGUUCACUGAAGUUCAAAGGGGAUAUUAGGCAUCCCCUUAUGAGUAUACGUAAAAGAAAAAUAUCCGAGGUAUGUUAUUUGAAUUCCUCUGCUUCGCUCUACGAAGACAGACAAAGCAGAGGAAACAACUCGUCAAAACAUGACUGCAAACGUAUUCAUUCGUUUCGAGCAAACUUUUUGUUUUCAUGCUACCGUUCACCAAUAUUACAAAGUAAAAGCCUAUGGAUCAGUAGGGUGUGUAUCCGAGUAAAAUUUUUAAAAAACUUCAUCUGGAGGCAAAAACAUCCUAACUAUUCUCAUUCUUUUCCUUUAUAUUCAAUUUAUGCCUACUUCUCCCGUGGUAUAUCUGCGAGCUAGACCAUACAUUACCCUCAGGCUAUUAUUCACGCCAUUCCGUGUGGUUUUCUGCGGAAGUUGUUCUUCAUAAACCCGCCACAUUCGAAAUAAAUAGUUUGCCAAUGACGCGUCGGCUAAAACGCAUAGGUAUUUUGUAGGGUUAUAAAUACUGCAACUUCCUGUGCACGAAGCACAUGUUUCCGUCAUUGUCUCUGAUGAUGGAUUCAAGUGAGAAUCCGAAAAGUCAGGCGAAUUAAAACCUUAUUCCAGCGACCGCUUGUAGUUCUUAUUUACUAGUUCCUGGAACUGUUAUCAUCGCUUGUAUUGGUAAUGAUGCAUUAUCAAUCAAACAAUGAGUAGAGUUGGACAACCAAAUGACCAUCUCCUUAAUCGUUUGUUUCUCUCAGCUGAAUUGAAGUGACUUUUAACUAAUGAGUUUGUUUUUAGAGUAGGACAUGUUUAUGUCUCUUUUUGAUGAUAGACAGUUAAAUGAUUUUAAAAUUCGAUUGCUUCAGAACUGUGAUUUUUUACGCCAAGGCCUGCAGUAACCGAAAAUUACUGCGUUGUACGAGCUUUCCGCAACCCACUCUAGCCUUUGGCUUUUCCUUUUAGAGACAAUUCGAGAGGAGACUUCCUCAUCGGUAGCAAUCGCCAUCGCAGUCGCUGGCAUAAUUUCUCUACUUGCACUGUCAACUGCCCUCUACAUCUUUGAUGUUCGUUCGGCUAUGCCGUAUAUUCCCUUUUUCUUUGGCUUAAAUGGGAGAAAGGUUCAAUCGGAUUAUAAUAUUAACGGUCCCCUGGAGGUGAAAUCAAAUCGCAGGUAUCCGCCGUUUGUACAGACGUUUUGCUCCAAUUUCUUUCCUUACAAAUAUGUCUGAUUUCCUUUUAGUGAUUCGAAUCGCGUAUAUACAAAGCUGGACUAUGUGGGGACAAAAUUCACGGAACUUCAAACACAAUCAAGCGUCGGUAAGAAUGAACCUCAUAGGGUAAUUUUAUCUGCCUUUAAACCCAGCUAAAGUAGCGCGAACUACCAAGCUUUAAGUGAACAAGUCAUCUGCGAUAUACUUAGUAGUUAAGAUAGUGGAAUUUACGUGUCGAGGAUAGACAUAUAAAAUUCUCACACUUCGCCUUCAUAAAAACAAGCAAGAAAAAGGUCGGUAUUUGAAAGACAAAUGCUGAUGAGCAUCCUGAUGCGUCUUAGAGAGGGAACACAAUUCACAUUCUUCCGUUAUUACGAAAGUCCGCCGAAGAAAUUGUGUGGGCGGAAAGUCGGACACGCUAACCUCUAUAAAAUUGAUACUCGCAGGUAAAAUACAAUGUUGCCAAGAAAUGGUUCGAUUCGGAAUUUGUUUGGAGUACAAAUUACUGAAAAUUUAUUUCGUGGAAUUCACAGGCGUAUUGUCUCUAUUUUUUGCCAGUUCCCGCCAACAAAAUUACUUUAAAAAGUGAAUACUAUCGCAGUGACCGUGUUAGUAAGUCCAACAGCAUCACGGCUUUGUGGGUUCUGCGGACUAUGAGGAAGGCAAAACCGAAAUGAAUGUCGACCAUCAAGAUUAGGCACACGGCAUAUUCCCAAGACUCCUUCAAUUUAAAUCCCACUGUCCUGUACUUCAUGAGAAAAAAGUAAACUACUAAUAAGUUCCAAGUAGUGAGACCAUUCUGCAUUUAAAAUAUGAGAGAUGCUUCCUGAAGUAAUGAAGGGAAACACACUCCGAUUGUUCCUUCCUGAGGGUGGAUCGCAUGUCGUUUUUUGCAUUUUGUGACCCCUAUUUUUAAGGAAUCUUUUUCUUCAGAAACCCCUCAAAAGGCGGAAUUUUCGCCAGCCGCAGUCGUCGUGACGGUGUGUGGAAUUCUUUCCUUGAUGGCGCUGGCAAUGGGAAUCUACCUCUUGGUAGUUCGUCGCAGACGGAGGAGUGUGCUCAACGUCAACGUUGAUGCCGAAGAAAAUGACACAUCUGUUCUUGGUCUUAAACCUGCCCCAUCUGCUUCUAAAGUUCAGCAGUCAGUGUAG